AUGUCCGAAAUGCAGCGCGCUCAAAGUCACAGACAUUCCGCCUCUAUGACAGAAAUUCACCAAGCUUCUGCUCCUCCAACCCCUAAACCAGUAACUCCUGUUCCUGUUCACGCGUACAUGGCUCCGCCGACUCCUCCAGCUUCUAAUUUCGGUUAUCCUCCGCCACCUCCUUCGGCUGCUGGCGGAUAUCCUCCGCCUCCUGUUUCGGUAGCUCCUCCUCCACCACAUCAAUAUAUACCACCACCACAUCAAUAUAUACCACCUCCCUCACCAUCGGUUAUGCCCGCAAGCCCAUUACCAUCAUACCGCGAUUUAUCACCUCCUCGAGUACCUACUCCUCCAGAGGAAAGCAGAGUCGAAUUAAUAAAAGUAGAAGAGGAACACUGGCCACCACAUUCACAUUCCCGUUCACAUUCACGUUCGCAUUCCCACGGAAGAUCCAGUCCAAGCGCAAGCCAUGUAUCCCGAAGAAAAAGCAGAAGAGGAAGUAUUACAAGCGGCAGAGAUAGAGAAAGAAGCGACAGAGAAGAAAUCUACAUUCAACGCGACCGCAUCAUCGAGCGCGGAACACCAUCUCCACAUCCCCCUCCAAGUCCUAGCUCCUUUGCCAGAAGAGGAAGUCGAAGUAGCAGGGGAAGCGGAACCCCAGAACCCGUUCUCAGUGGUUAUAGAACGGUAGAGGGUACGGGAUGGGAUCGCGAUCGCGAUCAUGUGGAUAGGAGACCUAUUACUCCGAGUGGGUAUAGGGUUGUUGAGGGGCAGGGGGGUAGGAGGGGUAGUGGGGUGGGCGUGGGUAGUGUGCAUAGGGAGAGGGAGUGGGAGAGGGAGAAGGGUUCGAUGUCGGGUUCCGGGUCGGAUUUUGGUGGGAGGAGGGGUAGUGUUACGUUUGAGAAUGGGCCGAGGGGCUUGGGGAGGUUUGUGGAGAGGGAGAGGGAGAGGGAUAAGGUGGUUAUGGAUGAGGGGGGGAGGAGGAGAGAGUUUUAUAGGAGGGGGUAG